GAGGCCCAUAUGUCGCUGCUCUCUCGGGUCCGUCGGACCACUGGCUGCCUGCCACGUGGACGCGCAGACGGCUGUGUUGGCGUGGUCCCUGUGGGAGCGGGGGAAGCUCGGGGUGGCGGAAGGGGAUGCGGAAGAGGGUGCUGCUGCUGUGACGGACGCUGCUGUAGCGAAUGAUGCUGUAACGGAUGAUGCUGUAACGAGCGGGUUACUGUACGAUGGAAUGGUGGAGAUGGACGUGCCGCCGUUUGAGAGCGAGGAUGACUGGGACG